AAGAAAACGAAGAAGACAAAGACUAUCUUCUUUUUCCUCUUCUCCUCCUCCUCCUCCUCCCUGGAAAAAGCAUAAUCAUCCAUCAUUUGACAGUAAUUAUAUUUCCUUGGAGAAUGAUCCAGUUACGGGUUUUUCGAUGGCUGCUACUGUAGCAACCUCUGCAGCCGUUGUCGCAGUAGCAGCAGCAGCAGCAGCAGCAGCAGCAGCAGCAACAACAACAUCAUCAUCCACAACACCUAAUCAUUUUAUUCCUUCACCAGAAUCAUUAACUGAUCUCGACUAUAUGAUGGUGGAAGAACAAUGUCCAAAUGUGUCAUUACCAACUUCCAUGUUUGAUUUUUAUUAUGACCAUCACCAUUUAAUAAGUCCUACCUCGACCGAGUUAAUCCAUCAUCCAUUAGAUCUAAACUCCUUUGACCUUUUACAGUCAUGUUUCCCCUCCGAUAUGAUCCAUUUGAAUAAUAUGAAUCCUAUAUUCUCAGCCAAAGAUGAAGAAGAGCUCAUCUAUUUAUUAAAUCACAAUGAUAACAUUCAUGCACAACACCAUUCCUCACAAAACAAUAUUAAUAACCAACCACUGACAAAGGCACCUUCUUGCUGUGCAUCAGUGACAUCAUCAGAUAUCUCUGAGUCUACCACUAUCGACUCUACUUAUUUACUAGAACAAUUAUUGAGGCAACAAGAAAAUUAUAUGAAUAUAUGUCCAGUGCCGUCAUCACCACCACUACCACUACCACCACCAUCAAAAUCAUCAGAUGGACCAUUUGAUCAACAAUUACUAAUGUUAUCAUCUAAUACAACUGAUGGCAAUUUUAUUACUUCUAUUACUGCUUCUCCCUCUUCUAGUAAAUAAUAUGUUAUGAGAAAUAAAUAAAUAAAAAUUAUGUAUGCAAAUAAAAGAUCUAUUUUCUAUUUUUUUUUUUUAUUAUUAUCUAUUUUUCUACUA